AUGAAUAAAUAUGACAAUAAAGGUCAAGUCUUUCGGUCAAUUAGAAAAAUAGCAGAAAACCAUCGGCCAAAUAUAUUUGCCUUUAAAAGAGCUCCUAAAGACAACUGCAAAUGGCUACAGAUUUUUCUUGCAGGUAUUGCAGGACCCUCUGAAACUCCAUAUGAAGGUGGAAUAUUUUAUAUCUCGAUUUCCCUUUUAGACACCUUUUAUAAUUAUAAGUUCCAGUUUCUUACAAAAAUUUUACACCCGAACAUAAGCGAUGACGGAAUUAUUCAGAUCGAAAUGCCCAGUAGAUAUAAACAAGAUAUAGAAGAUGGACUUAUAUGAAUAAUCGAGCUUUUGAAGAAACCAAAAUGGGAAUUAGCCACAAAUCAAGAAUUAGUGCAAAUUUAUAACGAAAAUGAAGAGAAAUACUUUUCUUAUGUUGAAGAAGCUACAGCUAUGUAUGGUUUUGCUGUAAAAAACAACCAAGUGGUUUUUCUGCUCCAUUUUUGCCGUCAAAAAUGGCGGAGGUUUGUUUUCCAAAAAAAAAAAACCCAAUGGUGUUUUCAAAAAAAUAUUCUGAAAACAAAAUACUUGUGUUUUUUUGCAUGAAAAAACAGCUUUUUGAAAGUAUUUGAUCGGGUAUAAUUAUUUUAGCUAGAGAUUAUCCUUUAGUAUCUAAUAUAUAACGACUUGCUACAAUUUAUAAACCUUAAAAUAUAAAUUAAAUGAAGAAAGAAAUUGCAUUGCAUCCUAACCAAUAUUUUUUUCGACCAUUAAUGUUUUUUAUCCAAAAAUCGCAUGAAAAAAGCCUAAUAAAAAUGAAAAAUGCAUUAGAAAGCCCUGCAUGGUUAUGAAUUCAAGAUUUAGAUUUUUAUAGUAAAUGCAGCUCAAUUGAUAAAAUUUGCAAUCAGCAACUGAUAUUAAAUGAUUAUAGAUAUCUGUGAUGGAAAUAUUGAACCAAAAACGACAGGUGUUUUUUACUCUAAAAUUUCGUCACAUGCAUUUAUUAUUGUAUUAUGAGCUAGAGAUCUACCUAAAUAUAUAUUAGAGAAAUCUAAAUUUUGAAUUACUAUUCGUUUAGAGCUUUCUAAUUAUUGCUAUUAUAUGUACUUUUCAAUCUUUAUUAAAAAAUUUAGAGUCAAAAAAAUAUAUUGGUUAAGAUAUAAUGCGAUUUCUUUCUUUAUUUAACUUAUAAUUUAGCUUUUAGAAUUUAGAUUUUAGAUUUUAGCAAGUCUUUAUAUUAGAUCUUUAAGGCCAAUAUUUAACUAAAAUCAUUAAAUCUAGAUAAAAUACUUUCAAAAGUUUUUCCUGAUAACCCGGCUAUGUAUGCAAUUUAA